AUGUUAAAUACUUUUAUCUUUCUUUCGAUCUUUCUUUCUUUUUCUUUCUUUCUUUUUUUCUUUCUUUCUUUCUUUCGUUCGUUCGUUCUUCCUUCCUUUCUUUUUUUCUUUCUUUCUUUCUUUUUUUUUCUUUCUUUCUUUUUUUCCUUUUCUCGCUCUUGUUUCUUCUUUUCCUCAGCUUCUCCUUUCGUCCUUCUGUCUUCUUCGUUGACGUUGGCUUUUCCGUCUUCUGUCGCUUUCAUUGUUAGCUUCACUUCUUCCUUGUCGGUAUAUAUAGUCUUAUCUUUCCUUUUCGCUAAUAAUUAUUUUAUUAUCAUCUUUCCAUCAUUUUUUUCUUUUAUUCUUCUUGUUCUUUGCCGUGUUUUCUUCGUCCGAUACGUUACUUCUACAUUCGCCUAUUUCUUCUUCCUUUUUUCACUCUCUGUCCAUCUUUUUCUACUUCUUCUUCUUCUCUUUAUCUCCUACUCUUUUCUUCAUCUCCUCCACCUUCUACUCUUCUUCUUAUUUCACUCUCUGUCCCCUUCUCAUCCUUCUUCUUCUUCUUCUACUUCUUCCACUCUUCCUCUUCUUCUUUUCUUCUUCUUUUCCUUCUUCUUCUUCUUCUUCUUCACUCUUUCUUCUUCUUCUUCUUCUUCUUCUCUUCACCUUCUUCUUCUUCUUCCUGAUUCUUCUUCCUUUUUUCUUUUCUUUUCCUCUUCUUCUUCUUCUUCUUCUUCUUCUCCACUCUUCCUCCUGAUUCUUCUUCUUCUUCUUCUUCUUCUUUUCUUUUCCUCUUCUUUUCUUCUUCUUCUUCUUCUUCCCCCAUCGUCUUCUCCUACUCUUUUCUUCAUUCCUUUUUCUUUCUCCUUAUUUCAAUGUCUGUCCCCUCCUCAUCCUUCUUCUUCUUCUUUCGUAUCGUCAUCUCAGCUCCAUAUUUUCUUUUUCUUCUUUCUUCCUUUCUUCGAUUCUUUCUUUCUUUUCUUCUUUUUUCUCAGCUCCACCUUCAUUCUUCUUCUUUUUUCGCCUCUGUCUUUUCUAACCUUCUCUUCCCUCCUCUUUUCUUCUUCUUCUUUCUCUCCUUCUUCUUUCAAUAAUCUUUUUCUUCUUUCCUUCUCUUCUUUCUUUUUUUUUCAUUUCCACUUUUCUUCAGAUCUUCCUUCUUCCUCCUUCUUCAUCUUCUUCUUUUUCUCUCAUUUCUUUCUUCUUUUUCGACUCUUCUUUUUUUUCUUCUCUUCCUUCUUUUUUUUCUUCUUCGUUCAUUUCUUCUUACCUUCUUUCUCCUUCAUCUUUUUCUUCUUUCUGUCCAUCUAUUCUCCUCUUUUUUCUUCUCUUUCUUUUCCUCCUCCCCCACCUUCUUCUUCUUAUUCUUCUUUCUCUGUCUCCCCCACCUCUUAUGUUUUUCUUCUUCUUCAUCUCCUCCUCCUUCUACUCUUCUUAUUCGCUUCUUCUUCUUCUUUUCUUCUUUCCCUUCAAUAUCUUUUUCUUCAUUUUUCCAUCUCCCUCCUCCACCUUCCUUUCUUCUUAUUCUUUUCUCAUUCCUCUUAUAUUUUUCUUUCCCUCCUCUCACUUUUUCUUCCUCCCUCUUCCAUCUCCUCUUCCACCUUUUCUUCAUUCAUUUUUUCUCCUUUUUUUUUCUUUUCCUCCUCCUUUUUUUUUUUCGCCUCUUCCAUCUCCUCCUCCACCUUCCUCUUCUUAUUCCUUCUUUCUCCUAAUCUUUUCUUCUUUCCCUCCUCUUAUCUUUUUCCUUCUUCCAUUCUCCUUCCUCCUUCCACUUCUUCGCUUCUUUCUCCCAAUCUUUUCUUCUUUCCUCCUUUCACUUUUUCUUCCUCUUCCUCCUCCCCCCUUCCAUCUUCUUAUUCUUGCCCUCUCCUAAUCUUUUCUUCUUUCCCUCUCUAUCUUUUUUUUCGCUUCUUCCAUCUCUCCUCCACCUUCUCUCUUCUUAUUCGCUUCUUUCUCCUAAUCUUUUCUUCUUUCCCUCCUCCUAUCUUUUUUCUUCGCCUCUUCCAUCUCCUCCUCCACCUUCUACUCUUCUUAUUCGCUUCUUUCUCCUAA